AUGAACGACACAACGAUCAUAUUCAAUCCAUCAUCCGAGUGUUCGUCGAAUCUACAAUGUCGUUGCUUGACUAUUUCUGCCUACCAGUGGUCAUUAAUACGUACGUUCGACGUAUCGUCACAACAACUCGCUAUCGAUGAGUCUCUCUUCAAAAUGUUAGCCAAUGUUUGGAGCAUUAAUUUAUCCAGUACGAAACUACCACUAUCAUUUUCUAAAUGGCUUACUACCACCACUAGCAUCAGACAUCUCAAUCUGAGUUCUGCAAUUUUAACAAUAAGUAAAUGGGAAUGGUGUGCUGAGAAUCUGGAAUGGUUAGAUAUAUCGAAAAUGAGUUUACGUUAUUUAGCAAUUAGCAGUAACUGUAAACUUCGUUAUUUGAAUGCAAACAACAACGUUCUUGAAUCAGUGUUCCUUGCUUCAACAACGCUUGAGAUUGUUCUGCUGGAACACAAUCGCCUCAAGUCAUGGCCAGUACCUCCGACUGGUAUUGCCCUAACACGGUUACAUACAUUAUCGCUAACAAACAAUCAGAUCGACUACUUGCCCGAUGGUGCUCUCGUUCACUACCCGCAACUGCAAAAUCUUGAUAUUUCAAGGAAUAUCCUGUGUAAUCUUUCCGUGGCUUCGUUUCCUUCAAUUGGUAUGCAAAUUCGUUCAUUAAAUGUUUCACACAAUCGUUUAGCAACAUUUGUACAUCCCGUUUUGCCAUCAUUACUACUGCUUGAUUUAUCACAUAACUCACUUGUAUCACUUGAUUCUGAUUUGCUGGCUGGUUUACCUCUCUUGCAACACUUUUAUUUGAAUUCUAACGUUGAGAUAUUCUCGCAAUGUCAUCAAACGUGUUGGUUGAAUGCGUUGAUUCAAAUGUUGAAUUUGGUUGAGUUGAAUUUAUCCAACUGUCAAUUGUCUCGAGUACCAGAUCUAUCACCAUUUGAAGCACUCCGAAGACUCGAUCUUUCGCGUAAUAAAUUAACAACCAUCGAUGGUUACAUUUUACCGAAGGGCUUACAACGACUUGACGUGAGUCAAAAUCAUAUUCAUACGUUAACCAAUUUCAGCGUUGAAAAAUUGACUUCACUGCAAGAAUUAGAUAUAUCGCGCAAUCCACUGCUUUGUGAAUGCACACUAGCUGAAUUGAUACCUUUGUUCGAUGCGCAAAAACUCAAUAAUGCUGAUUUAUAUUAUUGUUUUUCGGGUAGUUGGCAAUAUCCAUUACGAUCCUAUAUUGAUAAUGUUCAUUCGUGUAUUCAUUCAACGUCACAAUUAUUAACAGUCUUAUUGAAUGCAAUAUUCAUUUUGAUGAUCACAUUCACUAUGUUCAUUUUCAUAACAUUUUUACUGUGUCGUUACCGUAUCCACCAAACCAUUUUUAUACCAUUUAAAUAUACACCACUCACAAUGAGUGACGCGAAUGCUGUUGACUUAUGA